AGUCCAUAAUGCAUUUUUGAGCACUGCAGGGGCGAAGUGCGUCGAACUUGGUAAGUGAAGCUCUCGGAGCUGCGCAAGGGCAACUCGACGAGGUUCCUCGGUGGUGCCGAGGACUGCUAAGUUCUCCGUCUGGCACACCCCCGCAUGGGGUAUCGCGUGGUAUUCAGGAAGAUGGGAGCAUGUUGGUUCCUUUUUUUCUUUUUUUCUUUUUCCUUUUUGACUUUAGGGGCAUGCCAAACGACAAAUGUGAAGAGGGACGGACGUCGAAGGCCGCACACAGGGCAGCCUGGCUUUGUGAACGAGGCGAGCCGGGCGGUGGGGCAGGCACGGGCAAGGCAGCGGCCGCAAAUGGUAAAGCGCAGCCUCGUUUUUUAUGGAGUGAGUUAUUCUCAGCGAGACAGAGCUGUGACAAGCUUCCGAGCAUCACUUUCAUCUUACCAACUUGAACCUCAGGCCCCACUUCGCAGGAACCAUCACCUUCGCCACCCGCUCUUGUCCUCACCGAGUUCACUUAGUUCUUUCCUUUUACUAGACUUACUAGGUAAAAGGCAAUCCUCAGCCCCAAACUACUAAAGCGCCAACCUUGCAUCGGUUUUAACCUCGCGUCCUAUUCAGUUUCAUCGCCGACCUCUCGCAACCUGCAACACAACCUCCAUCAGUCAAGAAAGCAUCAACCAAACCAUCCAUCCAUCACGCCAACAAUGUCGUCGCCCGCAGCCUCCGCCUCUGAUGACCGCAAAAAGCCGGCCGAGCAGAUCACGUUCCGGUUCUGCUCCGAGUGCAGCAACAUGCUGUACCCCAAGGAAGACGAG